CUGCAAAGCAGUGGCCCAACGGGAAGGUCUGUGACAUAAAUUUUACGGAAGACGUUAACGCGAUUCAUGCAUCCGUCACCGCCUUACGAUUUACCGGACGUUUCACCUGAGUCGCGCGCGAGGAACCUGCAGUCACCCUUCCGACGCCGAAGAGGAAACACCUACUGACAGUCCCCAGCCAUCCGCCACCAUGGUUGUCACGCUCUAUUACAUGAAGCCCUCCCCAUUCACCCGGCCGGUCCUCCUGACGAUGAAGGCCCUUGGGGUCACGCUGGAGCUCAAGGAAGUUAACACCUUCAAGGGGGAGCAGCUGAAGCCCGAGUUCGUGGCCAUCAACCCGCAGCACACAGUGCCAACGCUGGUCGACGGAGACCUCACAGUCUGCGAAAGCAAAGCCAUUUGCACGUAUUUGAUUGCCAAACAUGGUAAGGACGACGACCCGCUCUACCCGAGGGAUCCGAAGGUGCGCGCCAGGGUCGACAGCCUCCUGUACUUCGACAUGGGGACUCUCUGGUCUCGAUUCAGCGCCUACUUUUUCCCGAUCCGCUCCGGCAAGGCGACGCCCGAGGCGUCCCAGGAGAGCCUGGGCAAGUUCCACGAGGCGCUGGGCUGGCUGGACGGUUUCCUGACGAGGGGCCGCUUCGCCGCGGGGACCGACCACGUGACCGUCGCCGACCUGGUGCUCGUGGCCAACGUGUCGGGCUUCGAGGCUGGCGGCCUCUUGCCCGACAAGUACCGCAACAUCCGGGCGUGGCUGGACAGGUGCAAGAGCGAGGUGGCCGGCUAUGAGGAGGCCAACGGCGAGGGAGUCAAGUUCUUUGGCGAGUUCGUCAAGUCGACGCUCCAGGGGGCCGAGACCAGAAAGAAGACCAGCGGAGGAAGCGACGUGCCCGAGGGAGUGAGUCAAGGGCAGAAUGCCCCGCCCCUUGAUGUUGACGUCAUGAUCAAAAGCAGGCCGUGCGAAAACGGCGUGAGAACAAACUCCGUCUACGUUAUAACUCUUAUGAAAGUUUACGUCUUAUGGCUGUGUUCCGUCCCUGAUUGCGUGCAAGGUCAUCCUGACAUGGCUGACUAUUAUCAGAAAACUCCAGUCAACGGUCGGACGUAUUCUGUUCCACUCUUCCACCAGUGCCUCCUCCGAACUACCGCCAGGAUGACCAUCGACUUCUAUUACUUUUUGCCGUCGCCCUUCUGCCGCUCUGUCCUGCUUACCGCUCGCGCCCUCGGACUCAACCUUAACCUGAAGGAAACGAACGUGUGGGAGGGAGACCAGAAGAAGUCCGAGUUCGUUGCUCUGAAUCCCCAGCACAGCGUCCCCACUCUGGUCGACGGAGACUUGACUCUGUGGGAAAGCCGGGCAAUCUGUACCUACCUGGCGUCUCGGUACGGCAAGGAUGACUCCCUCUACCCGCAGGACCCAAAAGUGAGGGCCAGGGUCGACGGCCUCCUGUACUUCGAUAUGGGGACACUGUGGCCCCGCUUCAGGAACACUCUUAGCGCCAACCCGACGCAGGAGAGCUUGGACAAGUUCCACGAGGCGCUGGGCUGGCUGGACGGCUUCCUGGGCCGAGGGCGCUUCGCCGCCGGGACUGACCAUGUGACCGUCGCCGACCACGUGCUGGUGGCCAACGUGGCUUCGUUCGAGGCGGCCGGACGCCUGCCGGGGACGCACCAGCAGAUCGGCGCCUGGCUGGAGAGAUGCAAGAGGGAGAUGCCCGGCUACGAGGAGGCCAACGGCAAGGGCGCUAAGAGGCUUGCCGAACGCCUCCGGGCGACGCUAGGCGGCGGGUCGUAGGAAGGGGCGGGGUAUGAGACGGGCAUUGUGAGGGCUGGGCGAGGCGAUGGGUCAGCCACGGGAAUAAAUCCCAUUCGGGGUCAGAUUAAUAGGAUGAAUGAGGCUGAAGGUCGAAAGUUUCAGAAAUGAAAUAUCAAUGUCUU